AUGAGCUUCCUGUCUCGAGACCCUGUGACAGGCAAAUUGGAGAUAGAUACCCUCGUACAAAGAGGCCAAUGGAAGGAGGCCGAGAGCAUUCUUCUACAGUUGCUGGCAGACGCAGAUGCAUCCACAGAUCAGGUUUCACCAACCACGAGGCCGACGCCAGUUGACGAUAGCCUUGAAGUCCAGAAAAUCAAGUUGAUGUUGGCGCAUAUAUUUCGUCAUAUUGGACGACCUCAAGAUGCUGAAACCAUAGACCGGGAGGUUUUGGAGACCCGGCAGCGUUCGCUCGGACCAGAUGCUCAGGAUACGUUGAUGGUUCUGUACCAUCUAGCAACUGAUAUAAGGUUACAGCCUAAUCGGUUAUUGGAAGGGUUAGCUCUUGAAGAACGUGUUCUCGAGGCUGUCGCUCGGAUCUACUGGUCAGAUGCAUUUGUGAAUCACAGUUCCAAUAGAAGCCACAGAAGAGGUGCUGCUGAUAUCUCAGGACCCAUUAUCGACGGUUCGCCGGGCAUGGACAUCCUCAUUCGCAUGUGCCAUGUAGCCGAUAUGUUAUUUAUGCAGAACCAAGCAGAGCAAGCCGCUAAAUUACACGAGACCGUAUUACGCUUGUGCACCACAGCUCUUGGACCAGGCCACCCUUAUACAAUCGCAGUCAUGGAUAGCACUGGCAGAGAUUACGUCUCUCAAGGCCGGUUAGUAGAAGCAGUACGUCUACUACAGGACGCCGCGGAGGCCGGAAAAGUACACCUAGGAUCUCGAGAUUCCACUACACGCCGUUGCAUUGUUCACCUAGCAGAAGCACUCGGCCGCAUGACCGCGGAGGGCGAUGGUAAAGUCCCCGACGCUAAGACGAUUGCUAUUCUAGAACAGGCAAUUGAGAUACUCGAAGAGACUCUUGGAAACGAUGAAACCGAUACUAUCUCGCUAAAGUACUAUCUAGCCGUUGCCUAUGCGAGACUAGAUGGCCGAUUCAGAGAGUCAGAGACCUUACAGAACCAGGUGUUGCAUUGGUGCUGUCGCCAAAUGGGAAAUCGAACCGUGACGGCGGAUUUGAUGGCAGGAUGGACAAGGCGCGAGAGAUUGAGAAUGAAUUCGGACGGGUCCGGCGAUCAAUAUCGUGAUGAAAAAAUCCCUGCCGGCUUUGUUCUGUCAAGUUUGAAGCCAGUCAUCCUUCUAGACCCUCUUCGAAAACAAUCAACUCAUGCUUUGACGGGGGCGUUGCUAGCCGAGCAUGUGCAUUAG